AAGGGGACCCUCCUCCUGGCUGAUGUCUGAGCUGCACCACUACCUCCUCCAUCCGCACUUCGAUGUAGCUGGGAAGGCUUUGGGGUUGUUGUCUGGGUCUCAGGGCAGAGCCUGCUGGAGGCACUGGAAGUGGAUCGGUUCCUGGUCAUGCCCGGUGGAAGGAGGGGACCCAGUCGGCAGCAGCUAAGCCGUUCAGCUUUGCCUUCUCUCCAGACUUUGGUUGGCGGGAGCUGUGGCAACGGCACUGGUCUGAGAAACAGGAAUGGUAGUGCGAUCAGCCUCUCAGCUCCUCCCAUAACGGCCCUGAUCACCCCAGAGCCUGUGCGUCACUGCCGGAUCCCUGACCUGCCACUGGACGGGAGCCUUCUCUUUGAAUUCCUCUUCUUCAUCUACCUGCUAGUGGCCCUCUUUAUUCAGUACAUCAAUAUCUACAAGACUGUCUGGUGGUAUCCCUACAAUCACCCUGCCUCCUGCACCUCUCUGAAUUUUCACCUCAUUGAUUACCACCUGGCGGUGUUCAUCACGGUGAUGCUGGCACGGAGGCUGGUGUGGGCCCUCAUCUCCGAGGCCUCUCAGGUGGGCGCAACGUCAGUGAUUCACUACCUGGCACUGAUUAUGGCGCGCCUGGUGCUGCUCACGCUGUGCGGUUGGGUGCUCUGCUGGACUCUGGUCAAUCUCUUCCGCAGCCAUUCUGUGCUCAACCUCCUCUUCUUGGGCUACCCGUUCGGUGUCUACGUUCCCCUGUGCUGCUUCCACCAAGACAGCAGAGCGCAGCCCCUCCCAACGGACUGCAGCUACCUGGUGCAGGAUCAGAUGGUGGAUGACGGGACCUCAGGCGUUGGCAGCCUGGUCAAACCCAAAGACUUCCUCUCACUCCUGCGGGAGUCCCUGAAAGAACAGUUCAAUAACCCUACGGCCAUCCCAACCCACAGUUGCCCCCUCUCCCCGGACCUCAUCCGCAAUGAGGUGGAGUGCCUGAAAGCGGACUUCAACCGCAGGAUCAAGGAGGUUCUCUUCAACUCCCUCUUCAGUGCCUACUACGUGGCCUUCCUGCCGCUGUGCUUCGUGAAGAGCACCCAAUACUACGACAUGCGCUGGUCCUGCGAGCACCUCAUCAUGGUGUGGAUCAACGCCUUCGUUAUGCUCACCACGCAGCUGCUGCCCCCCAAGUACUGCGACCUGCUGCACAGAUCGGCCGCCCACCUGGGCAAGUGGCAGAAGCUAGAACACGGCUCAUACAGCAAUGCCCCACAGCACAUCUGGUCAGAAAGUACGAUCUGGCCACAGGGCGUGCUGGUGCGACACAGUCGAUGCCUGUACAAGGCAGUAGGGCCUUACAAUGUAGCAGUGCCUUCAGACGUCUCCCACGCCCGCUUUUAUUUCCUCUUUCACCGUCCAUUACGGCUGCUCAACCUGCUUAUCCUCAUCGAAGGCAGCGUCGUCUGCUACCAGCUGUACUCCCUGCUGCGCUCGGAGAAGUGGAACCACACCCUCUCCAUGGCCCUCAUCCUCUUCUGCAACUACUACGUCUUAUUUAAGCUCCUUCGGGACCGGAUAGUAUUGGGCAGGGCCUACUCUUACCCCCUCAACAGCUACGGACUCAAGGCACAUUAACCUGCCAAACGCACCAAGGGGUGGGGGGGGGGAGGGAGGGAACCUCAGAAAAACUAUUUUCGUACAGUUCUAUUUUUUUCUUGCGCUGUUUAUAAAUAUUUAAGAUAUUUUAUAUUUUGUAUACUAUUGUUUUGUGGGGUGGGAAGGGGGCAAGUGGCAAUUAAAUGUCGCUUUAUAAACAAGGUGUUAUUUUAUAUAUAUAUAUCUAUAAAAUCAGUGUGUAUAUACCGUAUAUCUAUAUCCAUACAUACAGUUAUG